AUGUCGGUACAGUCGUACGAUUCGGAUUGGAGUGGUUCGGCAAAUGACCAGAGCCUUGACGAUCCCGGACGUGGCUCUUACUCCGAUCAACUUGCCCUCCAAUGGGAACAAGAUCCUUUCGAAACUGACCCUGGACUGACGAUGCACCUACUGGAUCUUUAUUUCAAUCACGCGGGUCGCGCGACCUAUGGCAUGUUUCCUCGUAGACCCUUCCUCGCAUGGGUAGAGGGUAACCGCGACAAGAACCACGACCACUUGAUGCUUUUAUACUCAGUCCUGGCUAUAGGCUCACUGUUCUCGGUUGAUGGAGAUAAGAAAGCCCUGGGAAAGAAGUUCGCUUCGGUUGCGUCAUAUGCAGCGGAAAAGCGGUUCGGGAAGUUCAGCCUGCAGUUAUGCCAGACUCGGCUGAUGCUCGCGCUCUACUAUUUUGCUCGCGGCAAGUCACAGGAAGCCUGGGACUAUUGUGGUGCUGGUCUGCGAGCUCUUAGCGCCCUGAAGCUGAAUUCUGAAGAAGGCGUUAAAGAGCUGGUUGAUAGCAGUGCCGAUUGGGACUAUGGACUUGAUCGUCAAAUGUUCGCGGAGUGCUGUCGUCGCACUUUUUGGUCCGGACUACUGAUGGAUGUAAGUCACGACGUCAUCAAGGUCCCAGCAUCCGUUGACUUGAUGCAACAACAGCGAUACAAUGGCUUCUUCGGAGGGACCCUUUUCGUCCUCAACUUGGAGGAUGCCUUCGUUCAGCUCCCAUGUCUGGACAGCAUGUACGAUGCAUCAACACCGUGUAACGCGCCGAUCCUGGACGAAGAUAUCCUGAGUGGAAAUGCCACUUCUGGCCCCGUUCUUGGCCACAUGGCGUAUCUAUGCCUGAUAUCGACGCUAUGGGGUGAGGUCCUUACCUUCACUAGCCGAGCUGCGCGUCGGCCCGACAGUGCCUAUGAACGACAUUACGACACGUUCUACACGCGAAUCAAUGAGAAGCUGGAAGCAUGGCAUGCGAUGUUGCCGGAGGAGCUUCGUUACAGCCCACGAAAUCUCGACAACAGCAUGGUUGCAGGAUACGCAGGUACAUUCGUGUCUAUACACGCUUUGUAUUACGCUACAGUCAUCCGGCUCAAUCGCCAUAUCAGAGUCAGCAUAUUACCAAUGGAAAAACAACGCCGAAAUCUGGAACGAGCCCUACGCAUGGCGUCCAACUUUCUGUCGAUGAUGCUUUCCCUAGCUCCAGCUAGCCGCCAACGUCUUUCGCCCACCGUUGCCUCGGACCUCUCGUUCUCGACGCCUUUCCCUGGUUACGCGCUCAUGCUUUCGGUCGAUGUAUUGACCUCUGCCGGGCUGUUGUCAUCGUUGCCGACUUUGAUCGAGACACUCAACACUACACUGACCUGUAUCGACGAACUAGCAGGCGUUUGGGCUUCUGCAAAAGCGCAGCAGAAGACAGUAUCGAAUCGGAUCAAGCAGCUCAUGGAUAUUGCCGCACAACAGGGCCAAGGCAUAAGCAACGGAAGUUACGGAAAUUUCUGGAGGAUCGGCAACAGUCUUGAGACGGCUUUCGGAAACGAUGAUGCGUUGUAUAAGACCGAAGACCAGUUGCUUUUCGGCGUUGUGGGUCAGCUUACGAGUCAGUAA